ACCUGCUCGUGCUGGGCCACCUCCCUGCUCAGUAAGUGGGUCCCAGCGGACUCAGGGCACCCCGAGCCCUGCCUGGCUUCUGUAAACAGACCCCAGGCUCCCUCUGAAUAAUUUCAUGACGUGGGGGAGGGGGAGGAAAAGUGAGAAGUCACGAUUUAUGAAUAUAGGGUGAGCUUUUAGAGAAAAAGGGGAAAUAAAACCUCUUAUUAUUAGCCGGGAUGGAGCUGAUAAUAACGGGGCUGCGAAAGGGGUGCCGUGGCGUGCGUUCUGGGUGGAGCGUGGUGUUCUGUGGAUGGCGGAGUGGCUGAGCGCGUACGUCCAUGGAAGGGUCUGCCCCGUGCCUCUCACUCUGCUGGGUGCUGGGCUGCAGCCACGGCUUGGAGCUGGACGAGGACACGCGGGAUGCUGUGCUGAGCUCCACUGCUGAGCUCCGUCUGCGGAUUCCCAGAGACAGAAUCGGAUCAUCAUGGCUCCCACACCAUUACUGAUUCUUUUGGGGACCACUGUGAUUCUGCAGGCAGACUCACUUCCUGAGAAACUUUUACUUCUCCCACCUGUCAAUUUCACCAUGAAAGUGGCCGGUUUGGCUCAAGUUCUGUUGCGCUGGGAACCGAACCCUGAUCAGCAGCAGGAGAGGAACAUCAAGCUAGGAUACCACGUGAAGAUCCGCGCCCUCGAGGACGAUGACUACGAAACCAAGAACACCCACAGCAAACGCAUGAUCGCGCUCCACAGAGGCGUUUCGGCAAGUGUGCGGACCAUCCCGUGGGAAGACGGCUCCCUCCCGGCGAGCAGCUGGGUUUCUGCGGAGCUCAGACCCCCAGCAGGGUCUCCUGGAACCUCAGCUGUGAAUUUGACGUGCGCCACAAACACCGUGGCAAGUAACCUGACCCGCUCGAAGCCGUACCAGGUGUCCCUGCACUGCAGCUGGGCCGCUGGCCAGGAGGCCCCCGAGGACACGCAGUAUGUCCUCUCCUACAGGUACGACACUCACACGGAAGAAUGCCAGGAAUACAGCCAGGACAGCCUGAGCAGGAACACCGCCUGCUGGUUCCCACGGACCUUCAUCGACGGCAAAGGGCGGGACAUGCUGGCGGUGCGCGUCAGUGGCCGGAGCCAGCGCGCGGCCAUCCGGCCCCACGACCAGCUGUUCGCCCUUUACGCAAUCGAUCGAGUCAAUCCCCCGGGGGACGUCACGGCGGAGAUAGACGGGACCCACCUCUCCGUCCGCUGGGGGAAGCCGGUCUCCGCCUUCCCAGCGCACUGCUUUAAAUACGAAGUGAAAAUUCACGGCACGAGGAACGGUUACUGCCAGAGAGAAACGAUGACGACCAAUGAAUACAACUCCACGGUCAGUGACGCGUCCAAGUACUGCAUUGAGGUGAGAGCGGCCGUGAGCUCUGGGUGCAGGCAGGACGGGCCGUGGAGCGCGUGGAGUCGGCCGGUGUACGCGGGAAGUGAUGAGCAGAAGCCCUCCACGGAAUGGAUCCUGCUCCUUCUCAUGGCGACCAUCUGCUUGUUCGUCCUCUCCCUCACCUGUAGGACAUGUCACGUGUGGACCAAGUUGUUCCCCCCGAUUCCAACACCAAAAAGGAACAUUCAAGUUUUCAUCGCAACCAUUAACUACGAGAAAACUGGUUCGGUCGAAACGGAAAGUGAAGUCGUCAGUUACGUGGAAGAGCAUGGACUCGUGGACCUGGAAGACGUCGUGUUCUAGCGGGGAUGGUGGCGCGGACCGGGAACCCACCCGCCCCGGUGACAGAGGAGAGAGAGCUGUGACCCCUGGCUCUGAGGAGAGCAGAAUGCACUGCACACUGGUAGCUGCAAGGCCACACCC